GACUCUCUGUGCCAAAAAUAGUAUCUAAUACAUCAAGAUGCGGACAAAAUAAGUAGUUAGUUUGCUUCGAACGAUCCGCCAGUGUUUUGCUGCCAGUUUGCUUAAGUUUAUUUAUAGUUGUCAACAUGCAAUGUUGAAAGAAGUAUCCCUAGAAUCAAAAGAUGCGUGAUGGCAUCUCACGAAAAAGAGAAGAGUAAAAAAACUAUUACACGAUUAAACUCAUACGUGGACAGAAAACGAAGGAAUCUGAAAAUAUUGGCAACCUGAUUGGCGAUGAUAUUUUCUAUAAGAAGUCCAGUGGUUGGAGAGAUACUAAUAGCAUGGCAAAAGUAUACAGCUAGUUCUGACGAUGAAAUCAAUUUACAACAAGGAGAUGUAGUUGAACUUCUGGAUAUAAACGACCCUACUUCCACCAAACGUAUCAAACUUGAUCCAGAACUAGAUACUGUAUCUGGAGAUCUACUUGACAAUUCUGCAGCUCGUCAUAAAUUAUCUGUCAAACCUAAAAGGACUUACAGCAGCUCUAGACAUUCCCCGACUAGAUUAAAUAUAAAUCAAAGAUGGCUAGUGAGACAAGUAAAUGGAAGCAAAAAACAAGGAUGGGUUCCUUGCAAGGUUCUACAAACUGCAGAUGAUCCUACAUUGAAUACCACCGGUCUUCCAGGAGAUGCAGAAUUUAGAAGACAGGCAGUAGUGAAAGAACUCAUAGAAACAGAAAUAGAAUUCGUAAGAGAUCUCGAUCUGGUAGUUCAACGAUAUUUAAUUCCUUCGGAAUCAGGACAAGUUCCAAAAGUUAUAAAAGACAACUUCGAUCUCGUGUUUGGAAAUUUCAAGGAAAUUUCAGAAUUUCAUCGAACGGUAUUGGUGGAAGGUGUAAAAUUCAACGCAAAUCAACCAAUCCUGAUAGGAAAAACGUUUCUUAGGCUAGAAAGAGAUUUCGAUAAACAUGUUGCUUAUUGUCGAGAUGAACCAAUGGCUCAAGAAUUUUUGGAAACUUCUGAUGCCGCAUUUGAUUAUUUCAACGAGCUAUCGCUACGCUUUGGUGACGACAAAAGUAUCUCCGAACAUUUGAAACUCCCGAUACAACGUAUCAACGACUAUCAACUUUUGCUGAAGGAGUUGGUAAGAUAUAGCGCGUGCCUUGGUGAGAACUACAUCGAUCUCCAGAAGGCCCUUGAUUUGAUGCUAAGUAUUCCUCAUCGAGCACAAGACGAUAAAUUUAUCUCUAGCAUUGAAGGAUACAAGGGCAGUAUUCACAAAUUAGGAAGACUUCUAGCUCACGAUAGAUUCACAAUAACUUUCGAAGACGUUUCCAAAGAACGAUAUUUGUUUCUAUUCAAGGCGCGCAUUUUAGUUUGUAAAGUCCGAAGAAUAUCAGACGAUCGAUCGAUAUUUCAACUGAAAGACUGCAUACGUCUGACUAAAGUAUCAGUGAAAGAUCAUCUAGAAGACAAAUACAUCUUUGAAUUAAUUGACAAGGUUGGAGGGCAAGCCAUAACCUUAAAACUACAUAGAGACGUUAAAGAGUUUUGGUUGAAAGAAAUAAGAGAAUUUGCGAAAAAUCACGGUGAAAGUGAAGAGACUAGCAGUGACGAUCUGAAAUCCCCGCCAACAGAAAAAGUUGAAGAACACAAAAUAAAACCUGUUGAAAAACCAGCAGCAAACCGACGAGAAAAAAGCACAGAUUCCCCUAAAUCAAAAAAAUUGAAACGUGAAACCUUCCCUCAACAAGAAUCAGCACAAUCUACAGAGGUAAAACAACAAGAGACAGCUACCCUUGAUCGUAGAGACUCAAAAGAAAAAUUUAGCGAGAAGCAGCAAAUACAAAAGAGCGUAUCAUCGAUACCUAUAAGAAAAAGCUCAAAAGAAGUCCAUACUUCAGAAUAUAAAAAAGAAGUUCCUACUAAACCUGCAAAAGAGAUCCAAAGUUCACUAGAAAAAAAUCAACAAAAUCAGCAAAAGAAACCAGAAGAAGAAACAGGUAUCGAACAAGCUAAACCACUCAAGCAGUCCCAGCAACCGAGACAUUUAAGGAGGAAGGAAAGCGUAGAACUACCUGUAAAAGAACCUGAAGAGACAAACUUUAGAAAGGAGAAAUUAACAGAAAGUACCGCAGCUCAAGAUACGCUUAUAAAAGAAUUGAAAUUACAACAAUCAAAGCUUGAAAAAACUGAAGUUGAGCAAAUUGAAACAGAAACUCAUCAAUUUAAAUCAGAAGAAGCUUCUUCAAAGGUACACCAAUCAAAGUUUGAGCAGUCGUCUAUUAAAGCUAUAAUUAGAGAUAAUAGUGAAGUAGCUACAUCUUGUUUACCAGUUGAAACAACAACUGAUGAACUUAUAAAAUCGGAAAGUGAAAUAUUAGAACACUUAUCAUUUGUAGCUCAUCGAUCCUCCACAUUUUCUGAUAAUAGUAAGCUACCUGAGGCUUGUUUACCAAUCGAAACAACCACAGCUGAACUUCUUAAAUCGGAAAGUGAAAGCUUAAAACGAAUAACUGAAGAGGAAGUUGACGAUAAGCAUCUCAAAAAAAUUCAAGCUGUAGAACCUUUAGUUGAAAUCAAUAAACCAAGAGUACUUGAAGAAGUUAUUCCUUAUAUUAUCAAGCCACCUCCUGAAAAAAUACCUGGUAGUGCUAUAGAAAAAUUAUAUAGUGUUGAAAAAACAGGAGAAAGUGAUAUCAAAUUAACUGAUUUUAAGGUUGGCAUUGAAGUAAAUGUGGAAGUAGGCGACGAAAUGAGUCGAAGAUAUACUUCAUCAGCUCGAUCAGAAGGCGGAUACGAAUCUUCAUAUACAAGAAGAUCAGACCUAGGUUCCUAUUCAACAGAUGGUGGUCUUUCAUCUUCCAGAUACAGUUCUGAACAUAACUCCAGUAAAUAUGGAAUAGAUUCUGGUUUAACAGGAGGAAGUUCAAGAUAUGAAAGUGCAACGUCCAAAUAUGGAAAAACUUACGGUUCAGACAUUGGUGACUUAUCUCCGAUCACGUCUAGCUACAGUUCCAGAAACUCCCGUGGUGACGGUGAUUUGACUUCUACUUAUAACUCUAAAAAAUCCCUUACAGGUGAAGUAGACGAUGGUUACAGUUAUUUCAGAAAAAGUAGGUUAUCUUCAGACGAUGAUGAUGGGGGUAACUAUAGUUAUUCGAGAAAAGUAACAAAAGCAAGAGAUGGAGAUCGAUCUGAAUCAUACAGUUCGUAUUCUAAGAAAUCUUCUAGGUCCAUUACAGAUGGAUUAGGAGAUGAUGACUAUACUUUUUCAAGAAGAAGUAUCAAAUCAAGAACAGAAGGUAUUGCAGACGGAGAUAGUUAUUCCGUAAGAAGAACUAUUAAAACAUCUUUGGAAGGUACUGAUAUAGAGCCCUCCAAAACAACCGAUACUUACAGCUACACUUCCAAAAGAGGAUUAUCAGCAGAUUUAGGCUCCAAAUAUUCUAUAAGAUCUGCUUCCAUUGAAGAAGAGAAGAGCGAUACUGACAACUUAUUAUCCAAAUAUUCUUCGUAUUCUACCGACCGAAAGGCCAUCGGGGAAAGUGAAGAAGAUAAAUACGCCAAAUAUACUAGAAAAUAUUCUAGAACCGAGUCAGCAUCGGAUAAAAAAGAUGACGAAGAAUAUAAGUAUAACAGAAAAUAUUCUAGGGGUAAUUCGAAAGAAGAAAGGAAAGAUGAAGAAGAAGAUGCUUACGAGAAAUAUGCAAAAAAAUAUUUGAGAAAAGAUUCAAACGUUGAUGAUGUUAAGACGGAUUCUUAUGAGAGAAAGUCCAAAUAUUAUGAUGCUAAUGGGGAAUCAUCAUCAAUAAAAAUAUCUAGCGAAACAGCAAUCAAAGAAGCAAGUGGAAAUUCUGAAGUUUUUGUAUCAAAAAAAGUUAAAUCGGAAUCCUACCUAGAAGAAUCAACCAAAAGUUCUAAAUCAGGAGCAAGAUCAGAUAUAAAAUCUGAACUAGCCGCAGCACAAUCGCUAGAAGCAAUUUCGCAAGAAUCUUCCGAAUCUAUUCAAAAGCAAUCUUCUGAAGCUGAUUUACAAAAAGAUUCCGAAACUUCAUCUCAAAAAGCUAGUUCUCAAGAAACUUCAGAAACUUUUACCAAGAAAUCUUCCGAGAAAACUGAUGUUUUGAAAGAAAUAUGUUCAAAAUCGUCUUCUAAGGAAGCUGUUGAAGAAAGUGUGACUAUGGCAAGUAAGGAAACCUACGAUACCAUUUCCAUGGAAGCAAGAAAUGUACGCGAAAAAUCAGCUGAAGAUAAACUAGACGAACUAGGAGAUGGAAGGCCUAGAUUCAUACAGACUAUUCGCGGUGCUAGCAUCGAACCUGGUGAAACUGCACAUUUCGGUGUAACUAUAAACUCCACACCCAAUUCUUUCACAUGGCUAAAGAAUAACAAACAAAUAAUUGAUUCUAACUCGAGGAUCCAAGCUUCUGUUAAUGAUAAAACGAAUGAAUUCAAACUUACCAUCAAAGAAGCUACUAAAGAAGACAAUGGAAUGUAUAUUGCUGUAGCCAAGAACGAUAAAGGGGAAUCAACGUGCUCCGCACAGCUUAUUGUGCAUGAACUAACCACCGAAGAGCGAGCCGCUAAAUCAUCUACGGAUAAACCGGAAUUUUUAAUUUCUAUGAAAGAUGCUGAGUUAUUAGAAGAAACCUAUCUCCGAUUCAUGGUGAAAGUAGCUGGAAAGCCACAUCCCGACAUCGCCUUCUUCAAAGAAGGAAAGAAAAUUCCAGAAAACUCCGAACGAUAUCAAAUUAUCAAGGAGCAUGCGGAUAAAGGAUUCUAUGAACUAGUGAUACCGGUCGUUAGGAAAGAAGAUGCAGGCUUGUACAAAUGUGUGGCGACGAAUAAAUUUGGAGAAUCCUCAUCUGAAGCUACUCUAACAGUAACAGAUAAUAAAAAAAUAUUUGAAGAAAUGCCAGAAGGUGAGAUCCUUCCACCAGGAGAAAAGCCUGUAUUCCAUUGGAAAAAAGACGGUGUUCCAUUCGAACCUGAAGAACGUUUUAAGGUGCUCAUGGGUGACGACGAAGAUUCCCUUGCGCUUGUAUUCCAAAAAGUGAGACCAGAAGAUGUCGGUCUUUAUACUUGUGUGGCACAAACUUCCAGAGGUCACAUUAGCUGUAGUGCUGAAUUAACUGUGCACGGGACCGUCAACCAGUUGUUUAGAGAACCUGAGAAACCUCAACUAAUUAUAAUAAAAAAAGAUCCCGAAGUUAAUGUCGGAGGAUCGGCAAUGUUGGAGCUACAAGUUAAAGGUUAUCCCAAGCCGAAUAUCAAGUUUAUGCACGAAGGAAAAACAAUUGAAUCCAGCAAGAAACAUAAAAUUUUGUACGAAGAUGAGGAGAGUGUUUCUCUUGUUAUAAAAGACGUCGAAUCUUCAGAUGCUGGGAAAUACACAUUUACAGCCGAGAACGAGCUUGGCGUUGAUACUGCUGAAAUGAACUUAACAGUAAAAGCACCACCAAAGAUAAAAACAAAGAUGGAAGAUGUAACUGUACAUGCAGAUAUUCUUCUAAAAAUGGACGUGGAAGUUGAAGGUAUACCAAAACCAUCAGUUCAAUUUUACAAAGAUGGAAAAAUUAUCAAACAAAGCGAUCAUAUUAAGGUCAUUGAAUCUGGAGAAAAGCAUACUCUAGUCAUAGAAAAAACUUCCCUCAAGGACUCAGGUUCUUAUUCCGUUGUUGCUUCCAAUGAAAUGGCUCAAGUUUCUCAAUUCUGGAAUUUGGAGGUUUAUUCCAAACCAAAAAUAUUACAAAAAAUGGGAAGCGAUAGGCAGUUAUCACAAAAUCAAAAUCUAGAAUUGAAAGUAAAAGUGGAAUCAGAGCCGAAGGCAGAAGUAAAAUGGUAUAAAGAUGAAGAAGAAAUAACAUCGAGCCAACAUUACACUAUCAAGGAAGAUGGAGAUACAUAUAUGUUGAAAAUAACUGGAGCUGUGACUACGGACGCGGCUCGUUUCAAAUGUAGGGCAAUAAAUAUACAUGGCAGUGUUGACGAUGAGGUUAGAGUUGACGUUAAGAAACCACCAAAAAUAAUCAAAGGAUUAACAGAUAUGACAGUUACCGAACAUGAUAAAGACGUUAAGCUUGAUAUUAAGCUCGAAGCUUUCCCUAAACCCACAGUUAAAUGGUAUCUAGAUGAAGUAGAAAUUCAAGAAACACGAACAGAAUUUACAAGAAUCGAAUCCGAUGAUGGAGCAACUCUAAUAAUCAAAGAGGUCACAAGUGAACUUUCUGGACAAUAUACCUGUAAAUUGAGCAACGAAUGUGGUAGUACAGAAACGAGUGCCAAAUUAACAGUUAACUGCGCUCCACGAAUCAUCAAACAUCUUAACGAUACAACAGUGGAAGAAGGCGCUACUUUGCACUUAGAAGUUGAGGUUGACGGUUGUCCAACACCGACGGUGAAAUGGUUGAGGAAUGGACGUGAAGUUUCAGCUGACGCUAGGAUUAAAAUAACGAGAGAUACUCAACGACACGAAACGUUCAAUUUGGCAGUUAAUUUGAUAAAGUACGAAGAGCAGGGAGAGUACGAAGUUAUUGUAACAAACUCACUCGGUACUGUAAGGAGCAAGAGUAUCGUCACCGUACAAAAAAUAACUCAUACUGAUGCUAUCGAAGAAACCGAAGAAAUACCGAAAGUCGAAAUCCUUGAGGAUAUACCUCAGGCUGGGAAAGAGGCUGAUAUAGAAGAAAAAGUUGAACAAGAAUUAGAAGAGUUUCAACAACCAGAUAUUAAAGAUGUGGACGAUGAACCUCAAAAGCCGAAAGGUUCUGAAGGAGAAAAAGCCGAAAUAACGAUCAAAGAAAGCGAUAUUAAAUCGCCGGAACCUAUUGUAGAAGAGCCGGCAUCACCCGUACCGUACAAUAAAUCUAAUUCUGCAAUAAUUGAGGGAGCUGUAAAAGUUGAAGACGAACAUAAACCAGAAGAAAUCAAAGAAGAAAUCUUGACAAAAACAAAACCUAAACGUGGUCUUUCUGUUCAAAUACAAGAAAUCGAAGAAAUGAAAUCGGAACCUACACCUGUAGAAGAAAAGACAUUUGAACACAAAUCAAAAAAAGGUGUAGCCGCGAUAGAAAAGGAUAUCCUGAUGAAAGAAAAAGACGAAGGGCUAGAGCCUAAAUCAAGAAAAUUAUCACAAAGUGAUGAUAACAAAAAACUAAAAAGAGGCAUUUCGGCUACCAAAGAAAACCUUGAUCUCAUUGAAAACGAAACAACAGAACUUCAAACGCCUACAGAAACUAACGUUGAUACGAAUAGAAUCGAACCUAAAAGAGGACGGGAAUCUGUGUUACAAGAAGCUAAGCUUGUCGAUAAAAAUGAGGAAUCCUUGAAAAAACCUCAAGAAAUUAAAUUUGAAAGGCAAGAAAGUCAGAAAUAUCACGAAUAUAUAGAUGAGGAAACCGAAGAUUCGCAUAGAAAAGAUAAAAGUCAAACAAGUUUAGUCCAUAACAUUUCCCCUGAUGCUGAUAAAGCGGAGCCAAUGAUUCUUGGAACAAAUAUGAAAGAUGGAUCCCGUCCUGAAUCUCUUGACGUGACUUAUAUCGUCAAAGGAUUUGCAAAUCCACCACCAAUAGCUACAUGGACAUUAGAUGGCAAGGAGCUUAAACCUGAAGGUAAUUUGAGGAUGAAAAUUAGUCAAAACGGUGAAGAAUUCAAACUGGAAAUUAAUAAGUUGGAUUUGAAAGAUGCCGGUGUGUACCAGUGUAUUUUAAGUAAUCCUGUAGGAAAAACUGUACAGCAAGCAAUUCUUGAUGUAACUCCCGAAAAAGAUUUGAGACGACCAAAGAUAAAAGAAGGUUUGAAAGAUCAAUCGAUAGUGAAGAGAACUACUGCUUCAUUCAAAGCUGUGAUUAUUGGAGAUCCUGUACCAGAUGUAUCUUGGUGCAAAAACGGCAAAGAAAUCUCCGAUGAAGAAUUUGAAAAGCUCAAAAUUGUUCUAGAAACCGAAGAUACUGAAAUCGAAGAUGGUUUGAAAGAAUGUACAUAUUCUAUAAGAAUACCUGCAUGUGAUACUACAGCAACUGGAAAAUACACUAUAAAAGCCAAAAACAAAUGGGGAGAAGCUGAAAGCAGUGCUUAUCUAAGCAUAGUAAUGCGUCCAGAGAUAGAAGGUCCCCAAGAUGUAAAAGUUGUUCCUGGUGAAGCAACUGAAUUCACGGUUGUUAUUCUUGCUAAUCCAGAACCUCAAGUUGUUUGGACCAAAGAUAAUGUUGUAGUAGAAACCAGCGACCUAAUCAAAAUAGUCGAAGAUAGAGCGAACAAAACGUACAAACUGAUAUUCCAUAAAGUUAUGUUGGGUGAUGAAGGUUAUUAUAAAGUAACUGCAAAGAAUGAAUUAGGAGAAGCUAGCUCAGAAGCAAGAAUCAAAACAAUCAAAGAAGCAGAACCAACUACUGAAAGACCUAAAUUCAUCACUGGAUUGGUCGACGAUCAAGUUGAACACAUGGGGGAGGUUACUUUAAUGGUUAGAGCAGACGGUUUGCCUAAACCAGAAAUCCGUUGGUUUGUCAACGGAAAACCUAUUACCGAUGAUGAAAAACAUAAAAUAGUAACCACCUCAGAAGCUCAGGUCACAAGCAAAUUGAUUAUCCAAGACUUUGAAGAAACCGAAGCUGGUAUUUAUAAAGCUAUGGCUAUUAACGUAGUAGGAGAAGCAGAAACUACGUCUAGAAUCUCGUUACUUCAAACUCCUCCAUCAUUUGGAAAAAAAUUGGAUAGAAAUAUGGAUGUUAAUGAAGGAGAACCACUAGAGCUUAAAGCUAAAAUUAAUGGAAGUCCAAAACCAGAAGUGAAAUGGUUUAAAGAUGGAGAGCCAAUUUUGCCCGAUGACAAUAUCAAGAUAACAGUAUUAUCGGAUGGAACUGUUAAACUUAAUAUAGAAAAAUGUAAACCAUCAGAUAGUGGAGCAUAUAAACUGGUCGUCAAGAAUAUAAAUGGCGAAACCGCCGGACUGUGUGCUGUAGCAGUCACGCCUCAACCUAGAAGACCUAAAUUCUUGAAAUGCUUCAAAGAUACUAAGGUACCACUUGGAGAAACUCUCCGUCUCGAAGCCAAAGUUGAAGCUUACCCCCCGCCAGAAAUUAAAUGGUUUAAGGAUGGUGUUCCAGUUCGCGCUUCAUCUAAUGUCCGAUUCGAAAACUAUCCCGACGGUAGAGUAGCUCUCGUAGUCGAUAUUAUGAAACCAGAUACUGCUGGAAACUACAAAUUGAUUCUAACAAACAAAUUAGGCGAAGCUAUGAGUGAAGCUAAAGUUGAAGUUGAAAAGAAGCCGAAAAAACCCGACUUUGUUCAGAGACUUUUCCCGCAAACGGUCGUUGAAGGUUUUCCUGUUAGGCUUGAAGUGAAAGCUGAAGGUUUUCCAACUCCUACAAUAGCUUGGUACAGAAAUGGUGCGGAGGUUAUUUCAGACAACAAACACAUAAAAAUCAUCGAACAAACUGAUGGUUAUAGUGCUCUAUUUCUUGAUAGUGCCGACAUUGCACGUGAUGCUUUAACUUACAAAGCUGUUGCUUCAAAUGAAGCUGGACAAGCAGACACAUCUGCCCCAUUAACAGUUAAGGAAGCUGCUAAAUCAGGGGAGCCGGAAGAAAGACCUUUGUUCUUACAUUCCAUUAAAGAUACGAUUACUGAUGAAGGACAACCUCUAGUGAUUGAAGCUCCUUUUACAGGAAAUCCCAUACCAAGUGCUGAAUGGACCAAAGACGGUGAACCAUUAUUGCCAUCUGAAAGGGUGUUAAUGACUUGUGAUGGUCGAAGGGUUGGUCUCAAAAUAGAUAAAGCGCUACCAUCAGAUGCUGGUAUAUAUGGAGUUAAGAUAAUAAAUCCUCUUGGAGAAGAUACAGCUAAAGGCAAAGCCACAGUUAGGAAAGUAUUUAUGAAACCAUCAUUCACGCAGAGGUUCACUGAUUUACAACAAUUGCCAGACAGAGAUGCUAAGCUACCUUGUAGGGUAACAGGUGUUCCGCAACCAGAAGUAAUGUGGACCAAAGAUGGUCAACCCAUAAAAGAAUCAGAUAAAUAUCACAUUAAACGAGAUGGGGAUCUAUGUUGCUUAUAUAUUUUGGACUGUCAACCAAAUGAUGCCGGUAUUUAUAGAGCUACUGCUGUAAACCAAGAAGGCCAUGAUGACUGCACUGCCUCUGUGGAAGUUGUUAAAGAAAUCAAAGCUCCAAAGAGGAUGGAACCUCCGGUAUUCCUUAAACGUAUUGGGGAUACUGAACUGUUCAAAUCGAUGACUGCCAAAUUUACGGCUUGCGCAUCGGGAAUUCCAGAACCGGUAGUGGAAUGGUUCCAUAAUGACAAAAAAAUAUUUCCCUCCACAAGAAUUAAAAUGGACAAAGAUACCGCAGGUCUACUGAGACUUACAAUAUCCGGGGUGGAUGUUGAUGAUCUUGGAAAAUAUUCUUGCAAAAUUUCUAAUGAAUAUGGGAGUGAUAUUUGUCACGCCAGCCUCAAAUUUGAUGAAGGACUGGAACCGAAAGCAAAACGGCCGAUCACCGAUCAAUACACAGACUUUGAUAAAUACAAAAAAAGCGGUGCUCCAAUGCCUAUUUCAGAUCCCCCAAUUAUAUCACAGAUGACAGACAGACAUUGCACAUUGUCUUGGAAUCCAUCGAUUCCUACUGGACCAAGAACACCUGUUACAUAUCAAUUAGAAAUGUGUGAAUUGCCCAGCGGUGAUUGGUUUACGGUUAGAUCUGGCAUUAGGAGUUGUACUUGCGGAGUUAGAAAUUUGGAGCCGUUCAGAGAUUACAAGUUUAGAGUUAGAGUUGAGAAUAAAUAUGGAAUUAGUGAUCCAUCACCAUAUGCUCUUACUCACAGGGAAAAAUUAGAACCAGAAUUACCUAAAUUCCGGCCCUACCUACCUCCUGAGAUUGAUUUUCGUCCAGAAACGUCUCCUUAUUUCCCGAAAGAUUUCGAUAUUGAAAAACCUCCCCAUGAUGGUAUGGCACAGGCUCCAAGAUUCUUGCGUCAAGAACACGAUACCCAAUAUGGUGUCAAAGACCAAAACACUAACCUGUUUUGGUAUGUGUAUGGCUAUCCGAAACCAAAGAUGACUUAUUAUUUCAAUGAUGAGCUCAUUGAACCAGGUGGUCGAUUUGAUAUGAGUUACACUAGAAAUGGCCAAGCAACAUUAUUUAUCAAUAAAAUGUUAGACAGAGAUGUAGGUUGGUAUGAAGCAGUAGCAAGAAACGAGCAUGGUGAAGCUCGUCAAAGAGUUCGUCUAGAUAUUUCAGAAUUGCCAUAUUUCCUUAGAAGACCCGAAAUUGAUUACGUCAUGAUUAGGGGUAAAGCCAAAUUUGAGGCUAGAAUCAUUGGUGUUCCAUAUCCUGAGAUCAAAUGGUACAAAGACUGGAAACCACUUGCACCUUCCAGCAGAAUAAAAAUAGCAUUCAUUGAACCAGAUACUACAAUAUUAACCAUAAACGACAUCAUUCUAAAAGAUGAAGGACUUUAUUCAGUUAGCGCUCGAAAUGUAGCUGGUUCCACAUCCGCCAGUGCAAUGUUGUACGUCGAGGAGAACGAGCAUGAAUAUAAGUUGAGAAAUUACUACAACUUGGCACCUAUAAGACCUAAGAAACGUACCUACACAGACUUUUAUGAUAUUGGUGACGAACUGGGGCGUGGUACACAAGGAAUAACUUCUCAUGCCGUGGAAAGACUUAAUGGUCGCAAUUAUGCCGCUAAAAUAAUGUGCGGAACAGGAGAUUUCAAACCGUUCAUGUAUAACGAACUUGAUAUUCUAAAUGAACUCCGUCACAAGAAACUAAUUUCUUUGCAUGAUGCUUACGAAACUGGCGAUUCCUUAGCUCUCAUCUUAGAACUUGCCUCUGGUGGAGAGUUGGUUAGAGAUAAUCUACUUAAAUUAGAUUAUUACACCGAAAGUGACAUCGCUGGAUAUAUUCGUCAGCUGCUUCAGGGCCUGGAUUACAUGCAUGACCGAGGUUAUGCUCAUAUGGGUUUGAACUUGGGAGAUCUACUAAUAUCUCACCCAGGAGGUGACGAUCUCAAGAUAACUGACUUCAGUCUAUCCAGGAGGAUCCAGCACGGCAAUUUCUACCCGUUGAAAUAUGGAAUGCCAGAGUAUGUCAGUCCUGAAGUAAUCAAUGGUGAUGGUAUUGGCUUCAGUCAAGAUAUGUGGAGUGUCGGUAUUAUAACUUACAUCCUCCUCUCAGGAAGAUCGCCUUUCAGAGGCGAUAAUGACAGGGAAACGUUGACUAAAAUUAAAGAAGGAAGAUGGAGUUUUCACGACGAAUGGUGGUCGAAGAUAAGCGUUGAAGCUAAAGAUUUCAUAAGCAGAUUAUUGUGUUAUGAUAUUGAAAGCAGGAUGGACGUUAGGACUGCUUUGAGACAUCCAUGGUUAGAGAAAGCUGAUAAGAAAUAUUCUGACGAAUUCCAAAUAAGAACGAGCUAUCUCAAUGAUUACUGGCGUCUUUAUAGAGAAUGGUAUGACAACGCGUCUUGCAGAAGAUGGUUCAGACGCAGACCACUAGAAGGAGCAUUUACUCAUCCCUCAAAGAUGGUAUAUCCUCCAGGUGAUUACGAAUCGCCAAGAAGUACUCCAGCUCCUUUGGAUAAAACACCAAGAGCGCCGAGAACUUGGGAGGAUCAACUACCUACAAGAUCUCCCUUGAAUUAUGAAAUUGGCGUAAUAAAAUCUGAGAGUCAUUACCAAAAUGGCCCUGAUACCUACUUACUACAGCUAAGGGAUGUCGAUUUUCCUGUACGUCUUCGUGAAUAUAUGAAAGUGGCUGCUAAUAGAGGCCCAGGUGCAGGAUAUAUUCUAUCAGAUGAAAAUGGAUAUGACUGGGGCACCCCUAUUAUCAGAGAAAGACGCCGUUUCACAGAUAUCAUGGAUGAAGAAAUUGAUGAUGAAAGAAAAGCUCGCAUAUAUAGGUACGGUUCUGAAGAAAAAGAGCCUACUACUAGAAGGAUUAAACAUGAAAUAGGCUCUCGUUUGGAUGCAUAUGUGGAAGCUGAGGCAUUCCUUGAAUCUAAGCAAGAAGGUCGUCUACCUUUCUUUAGAGAAAAACCAAGUUUAACAGCAAUGACCGAAGGGCAAGAUCUCGAAUUAACUUGUCUAGCCGUUGGUGAACCACAGCCAAUUGUACAAUGGUUCAAAAACGAUUCCAUUGUAGCAGAUUCCCACAGAAUAAAAAUCUAUACAGAUGGUGACGGAAGAUCUCACUUUAAACUAACUCCAGCUCUUAAUUUCGAUCAAGGUUUAUAUAAAGUUGUGGCUCGUAAUAAGAUUGGACAAGUGAUAGCUAGAACCAGAAUCGUUUUGGGUUUGGUACCUGAUGAACCAGAUAGUCCUGAAUCGCAAGAAGUAUCUGACAGUGAAAUUCUACUCACCUGGAAACAACCAAGAUUCGACGGUAACGCUCCGGUUAUCUGUUAUAGUUUAGAAUAUAAAGUUGCCGAUGAAUUGGAUUGGAUUAAGAAGGCUGAUAAUAUUGACCACGAGUUCUAUCUAAUGAGCGGUUUGGAAUCCAAUAAAAGUUAUAUAUUCAGAUUGGCUGCAAAGAAUUCGAUAGGAUGGAGCGACCCAGGUGUUCCUUCCUCACCUAUUACAACGAAACCAGCAGGUUCUCCAAAAGUGCAAUUAAGUAAAGCAAUGCUGCAUCUUCAACAAAUGACUGAUAGUGGAAAAGAAGUGGAGCUAGAAUGCAAAAUUCGUCUUGAUUACAAACUAGAAACGACGCCUAUAGAAUGGGAAGAAUCAAAUGUUCAAGAGCGAUACAAUUUCAUAUCUGAAAUAUCAAGAGGCAGUUUCUCCGUGGUACUAAAAGGGGUUGAUAAACGAAACGACUCUGUAGUUGUGGCAAAAGUAUUAGACUAUAACGAAAAAACUAGAGAAGACGUAGAUGGAGAAUUCGCAGCUUUGAGAUCGCUUAGACAUGAGAGAAUUGCCAGUCUUUUAUCGGCCUACAGAACAAACGGAACUGCGGUAUUUAUAUUAGAAAAACUUCAAGGGGCUGAUAUUUUGACGUAUCUCGCCAGCCGACACGAAUACACGGAACAAACUGUUGCUACAAUUAUUUCUCAGGUUCUAGAUGGAAUACAAUAUUUACAUUGGAGAGGACUAUGUCACUUGGACCUUCAACCAGAUAAUGUCGUAAUGUGUGGAGUGAGAUCAGUACAAAUAAAAUUGGUAGAUUUAGGAGCUGCCCAUAGAGUCACAAAAUUAGGCACCAAUGUUCCGAUACUUGGACAUCCUGACUAUAUUUCACCUGAAGUCCUAGCGGAAGAACCUGCAUUCCCUCAAACAGACAUUUGGACAGUUGGCGUUUUAACGUACGUUAUGCUGUCGGGUACGGUGCCAUUCCGUGGUCAAGACGAAAAUGAAAGUAGACAAAAUAUUCUAUUCGUACGAUACAGAUUCGAAAACUUAUUUCAGGAAGUCACACAAGAAGCGACUAGAUUUAUUAUGUUGUUAUUCAAACGUCAUCCCAAUAAAAGACCAACACCUGAGGAAUGCCACGAAAAUCGCUGGUUACAACCAACAGAUUACAUGAUUAAGAAAAGAGAAAGGGCAGUUUUUUUGGGGCACAGAAUAAAAGAAUAUUCAGAAGAAUAUCAUAACUCCAAAGACCAGUCAGCACAGAAAUCCCAGAGUUUGUCUGGUAUCAAAUUGAUAAGGUCACAAAGUAUACAGGAAGAAUUACUGACUGCGCCUUAACAACUGUAGGUUUUAUGUUAUGUAAAUAAUGUUUAUAAAUUGUUUCUAUUACUGGAGAAUAUUUUAAAAAAAGCAAGUAAUUUGCAUGGAAUUUCAAUAUUACAGAUACAAAAAGAUACAAAAUUUUCAAGAAAUUUAUCUGAUUAUACACAAUAUGUUUAGUUAUGAAAGUUAUAUAUUGUUAAAUAGAUAUUAAGGUUUUCUUUUGAUUUAGAAUCAUUUAAGUUUUCUUUUUGUUGUACUAAUAAAGUGAUAUCAAAAUAAA